GGACCCACUGCUGCCUUUGUCCAGUCCCCCUGCUGGGCACCUCAUCGGCCUCCUGACUCCCCCCCACUCGCCAUGCCCGAGGAGACCCAAGAAGACACUGCACUGGGGAUGCUGAGCCAGAGGAUCAGGGGGCCACUGGCUCCCAACCACGUGCAGGAGGUGCGGCUGCACCAAGUGGAGUCCAUCAGCGACCUGCACAGUGGAGGCUCACCGCGCCCCUAUCUGGCUGAGGAGCCACGUGCCUGGGAUGAGCUGCUGGGUGUCUUGCCGCCAUCUCUGUGUGUCCAGGCUGGCUGCAGUCCCGUGUGCGGCCGCGGGGGCUUCCUGCUGCUGCUGGCGCUGCUGGUGCUCACAUGCCUGGCGCUGGCCAUCCUGGCGGUCUACCUGAGCGUGCUGCAGAGCGAAUCCCUGCGCGUCCUGGCGCACACGCUGCGGUCACAGGAGGAGACGCUCCUCAAACUCCGUCUGGCCAGCCUGAGCCAGCUACGGAGGCUCAAUUCCAGUGAGGCCCGAGCUCCCAGCUGAGCGGCCCCUCGGACCUGGGGUUGUGGGGGUGGAAAUAAAGUGGCCAGAGCAGGCCUGUCCUCUCCUGCUACUGGCUGCGUCUUGCUCCCUCAGACUUCUGUUCAGAACCUGACGUGACUCAGAGCUGCCCACCUCUCCUGAUGUCCCUGCACCAGGCCUAGCCAAGCCUCUGGUGCCAGGCCCUGCUCGGGGUGGCCCGAGGUCAGAGGAAGGGGCACCAGCCUGCUGGCUCUUCCUGUGGCCUGUCAGCACCUUCUGGCCACCCCCAGAUAGCAGCUGUCUAGAAAUAGCUACCCCCAAGGCAGCCACCCAAACUCCCCUGGGUCUCCUGGUGGGGGGCUAGCCUUGGCUGUCCAAACACAGCAGGUUCUGAGGAGGAGGGGCCACCUGGGAAAGGUUGCCUUGGAGGGC